UGUAGUGUAACAAGGCGGGUGGUUGCCUCAAGUGAUUAGUAUACCAUAACAGUUCUUUUUAUCCAUACAUAUAGUGAUAUAAAGACUUUGGCACGGUUAUUAAUACCAAGAAAAUAAUUUAGGAGGGAAUACUCGCCGAGAGCAAUACAGAGAGCUCAAUAGAGGAGGGAGCGAAGACUGACUCGGCCGCCAUGAUGAGAUCGCCUGCCCGGGAUGAACGCCAUAUGGAUGAGGACCUGCUAGAUGAAUUUGUAAUACUAUCGAGCGGACCAGAUAGCGAAGAGGAUGACGACUGGGUGAUGGUGACAAGAGAGACCAUCACCACCUCCUCCUUCAUGGAGGAGGAGGAGGAGGAGGAGGUGGGUGGAGCAGCUGGGAGCAUACAUAACACAUUGCUGUCGUCGGCUGCAGCCUGUGCCACUGCCACUACACUGGACCGUAGUCCUGCCUCGCCACACCAUACUCAACCGCAUUUUGAUCCUGAUACUCGUUCACGGCUAGAAGCCUUUAGAAGCCUUUCACCUUUAGAAGCUGCAGGUCAGUCACCACAAAUGUCUGAUUUUAGAUUUUGUUGCUGUACUUAAAAAAAAAAAUUAAAAUCCUACUAGGUAUGUAAUGAAGUAGGAAACUUCAUGUUAGUGUCUGAACCUUAAUAAUGUUCAUCUUAAACAGAAAUAUUGAUUACAAUACUUUAGAUCUUGAAUAAAACAAGCAAGGACAUUUUUGUCAAGAAAUAUAAGUGGCAAGUGACAGUUGAUAUCCUAAAAUAUGCUUCAGCAGCCUAAUUUGCCUCCAUCACAUUUCCAAAAUUGAAAACAUAUUAAUCUUAAAUAUGAAUUUAUGGUAAAGUAGUAAUUCUUUCCAGGUGACAUUUUACAAGGGUGAGGGUUUGUCUUGUACUGGUGACAGCUUAGUAUAUUAAAUUGAUUAUUAUAUCAUCCAUGGUAAUAAUUUAUCAAUUUUGUAUUUCACCUGGAUGCCGAGAUGCUCCUUGUGGUGGAUAAAGCUUAAAGUACCUAUCUGCAUUAUUAAAAAAAAAUUAAUUUUAUAUUAGAAUAUUUUGAUAGCUGUCUUUCUUUUAAACGUAUUUUGUUGAAAAUGACAAAGUUUUAGAUUUAUGGUUCUGACAAGAAUCUUCUGGAUAUUCCUUGUUUUUCUUCACUGAAGCAGGAAGUUGAAAAAUUAACUUUCCAAGGUUCUUUUUUUACUUUUUAUUUGGGUCUGACGCCUAGUGAUGCAUUUCGUACUCGACUCACAUUCUCGGACAAAUUCUACUGUGCUUAGCACCUGGUUAUAUCCUCUUAUGGUUAGUUGACAUGGAUGAAUGACAUUACAUGGGAGAUAUUAAUAAGGUAUUAAAUGUAUCAACAUAAUGUGACAUGUUUGCAGCUUAUGUUCUGGCUGCUUAAGUUCCUGUUACAGGGUCAUUCAGUACAGCUUCUAUGUUUGUUGUCUUUGUAUCUAUAAAUUAUUUCAGUUGCUCGUCAAAAUAUUCCUGGUGAUCGUCUCGUGUGUGGCGAUUGUGUUCCUUGAUGGAGCACUGUUGUUUGUCCUAGAGAGGACUCCUAGAGAGUCCUAGAGGGGGACGCUGUUGUCUUGCCUAUAUACUGAUACUGAGUUUGUUGUGGCUGACAA